AUGGAACCGCCCGAGGGAACAGGGGGCGGCGCCGCCAAGAAGCCGAAGCCCUCGCCAGCGCCGCCGAUUGCGGCCCUCGGCGAUGACCUCCUCGUUGAGAUCCUCCUCCGGCUCCCCAGCAUGGCGUCGCUGGCCAGCGCCGCCCUCGUCUGUAAGCAAUGGCACCGCGUGGCCUCCGAUCCCGCGGUCUUCCGCCGCUUCGACGCCCUCCGCCGGCCCCCCCUUGUCGGGUUCAUCCUCACGGAUCGCGGUGGCAUGCGCUUCCCACGCCGCUCCCCCAACCUCUUGUUCGUCCGCGCCACCCGCAACCCCAAUCUGGCCGCGGCCGCCGCGGACGGCGAUUUCUUCUUUGAGGACCUCCCCGCCGUCGAUUCGGACGCCGAGGAGGAGGGGUACGACUGGGACGAGUGGCGCCUCCGCGGCUGCGACGGCGGCCUCCUCCUCCUCUCCCGCGGCUGCCACGGCCUCGACCUCGCCGUCUACGACCCCGUCGCGCGGACCGCUGUCUUCCUCCGCCCAGACGGCGUCUUCCGCCCGUGGUUCCACAUGGUCCGCUACGCCAUUGUCGUCGACGAGGCCGAUGGGAGCUUCUUGGUCAUCGGCUUCAUCUUCACCUUCACGGCUGCUGUAUUCUCCUCCCGCACCGGCAAAUGGGACGUCUAUCACGAGGAUUACGAGGAUGUGAUAUUCUACAGCUUUCACUCGUUCUCCAGCGACGGAAUGGCUGCAGGCCGGUUUGCUUACUGGAGGUCGGACACCAAGAAGCACAGACACUUCAAUCCCGUUGAGAGGAUCUUGGUGCUUGACACGGCGACCAUGGAAUGGUCAGUUAUCACUGCUCCAAUCCCCGCAGGGGAAUCCUAUUGUUUGGCCGACAUGCCAGAGCAUGGUGGCCUGUGCCUCUUCUCAAGCAAGGAGCAAUGCCUUCAGCUCUGGGUCCGCAACAGCGUAGAUGGAUGGGUGCUCAAGAAAGAAUUUUCCUUGCUGAGUGAGUGGAUGAAAAAGAUCCGCCGUGCUGAGUGGAUGAAGAGGGUACGAGUCUUGGCGGCGAGGGCUGGUUAUGUCUACAUGGAGUUCUGGUCAAUAAGGAAGGCUAAUUCCUACUUUCUUGUGCUGAAUAUGAGAACUAUGAAGAUGUCGGUGUUCCCCAACAACCCAGAAGACCCUCAUAGAGGUCCUGCAUUUCCAUUCUUCAUGCGCUUGGAGCCUCUGCUUGGACCAGAUGAGGACCAGAAUGUUCAUCUAAAUAGUGUUUAAUGCACUGGAGAGGGUAGCCAUUGAUUUGUUAUUUUGUGAUGGCAUAGAUUUCAUCAGGUCCAAUUAUCACUUCUAGGUUUUGCUAAGUCAUCCAGAAAUCCUUUGGACAUGGAACUGCUGCAGCUGGUUUAAUACCAUCCAUUUCUUUUAAUAUCUUCAGAACCGUUCUUCUCCAGAUUUGAGAUGAAGUAUUGUUAUAUCUGCAUAUAUGAAUUACCUUUGUGGCAAUAGCUUCAAUGUGAUGUGUCAUAACUCUUAUGUUAGCUAUGACUUCGUUUUGCUGUUAGUUAAAUGAAACUUCUAUGGCUUAAUUUAAUUUCAGUUCCAUUUU